CUAGAGCCAUCGCUAAGGGAUUACGCCUUUAGUGAACAAUUGUAGAAACCAACUGAUUAACAACUUCUAAACUUGAAUUAUUCUUCUUUAUAGAAUGAAGUGCAAGAAUAUUCCGGCUGAGUUCCAUCGUGAAAGAGUUGGCGUUGCAUCUAGUGCAGAUGCUCGAUUCACCCAUAACAAGAUCGAAGAAUGGAUUGAUAAUCUUGAUAUUCAUGCUUAUGGCAGGCUCUAUCUUGAAAUAGUAGAUGCUCCUCCAGUGCUCUAUUUGGAUUUUCUAUCAAUACUAAGCUUGAAGUUGAACUGGUUUGUCGCCGCUUCAACGGAACUUGCUAUUAUACCACACAACCAAGAAUAUCACCAUCUAUUUCACUUGACUAUUCCGUAUGGAUUGGUGAUUUAUACACUUUGACUGUUCUGUACUGUAUGGAAUUUGAGUAUUCAUAAGAAUGACUUGUCUUAUACUCCCUCCUGAAGUCUCCAAGACGAAAUCUUGAAAAAAAUCUAGUCUAUACACCAGGCUUCAUCAUAGAUUACUUCUGCUCAGACUUGGAUUACCAUGCUAUAAUAAGUCAAUUGAUAACAUCUCCGAUAUGUCAAUAAUCCUCAUUUUAUAGUAAACCCUUGAGAUUGAAG